AUGCCUAAAACCAAACCAGGAUAUUACGCUGUACGAAAAGGACGUAAAACAGAAAUAUAUUUAACUUGGGAUGAAUGCAAAGUGCAAGUUAAUAAAUUCUCUAAUACUAUGUAUAAAAAAUUCCCGACUCGUACCGAAGCUCAAAAUUUUAUUGAAGGAAAACGUGAAGUUUCUGUAAUUUUAAACGACAGUAAAAUUCAAAUUUGGACAGAUAGAUCAUCAUUUAAUAAUAGUACAACAAGAGCUCAAGCAGGUAUUGAAGUAUUUUGGAAGGAUGAUGAUCCUAAUAAUUUAAGUGAAAGAUUACCCAGAUCAGAACAAACUAACAAUCGUGCUGAAAUUUAUUCUGUGAUUAGAGCUCUUGAAGUUUGUGAAAAUAAAACAAAACCUUUAGAAAUAAUGACAGAUAGUAAAUAUGUAAUUAACAUAAUUGAAGAUUGGGUUGAAAAAUGGGAAAAAAAUGGAUAUAUGAGUUAUAAUAAUAUACCAAUCAAAAAUCAAGAUUUAAUCAAAAGGUUAAAAAAAUUUAUUGAUAAUAGAAUAGGUACGGUUCGAUUGAUUCAUAUUAGAGGUUAUUGGGGAAAUUAUGGUAAUGAACAAGCUGAUAGAUUAGCUAAACAUGGAUCAUUACAAGAAGCGAGACAGAGUCGUAGCCGUAUCAUCGAUGUCAAAGACAUCAAUGAUUCGGGAACCUUAAAUCAUCAGAACGAAAACACAAAUUUUCGAAGACCGAUCAUGUUUCCUGAUGAUGAAGGUCACAUAACUGAAUAUAUUCAAAUCAAGUUGAGCGAUAAGCAAAAUGCUCUUCUUGAUAAAGAACGUUGA